UUUAAAACCGAACUAUUUCAAGUUGGAGUCGAUUAACUCUCUUUUAUUCUGUAUUUGUGGCAAACUUCAAGUUAAGAAAAUGGGUACUGUACUUGAGGAUCCUACCUUGGAGCGCCAUUUUAGAGGACAUAGAGACACUAUCACAAGUCUUGAUUUUAACCCAAAUAUGAAGCAAAUAGCCUCUGGUUCCAUGGACUCGUCAUUGAUGAUUUGGCACUUCAAGCCGCAGAUGCGAGCGUACCGAUUUGUCGGCCACAAAGAUGCUGUGAUGUCGGUUCGCUUCUCACCAUCAGGGCAUCUGGUUGCCUCUGCUUCAAGAGACAAGACAGUCAGACUUUGGAUACCAAGUGUGAAAGGUGAAUCGACUGUCUUCAAAGCACACACAGCUACAGUAAGAAGCGUAGACUUCUCAAGUGAUGGCCAGCACCUGUGCAGCACCUCAGAUGACAAAACUGUCAAGGUCUGGACAGUGCAUCGGCAGAAGUUUUUGUUCUCCCUGACACAGCACAUGAAUUGGGUUCGAUGUGCUAAGUUUUCUCCAGACAGUCGAUUGAUAGUGUCCGGCAGUGAUGAUAAAACAGUCAAACUCUGGGACAAACAGAACAAGGAAUGUGUCCAUACAUUCUUUGAACAUGGAGGGUUUGUGAAUGACGUUGCCUUCCACCCCAGUGGUACUUGUAUUGCUGCUGCUUCCACCGAUAGCACUGUGAAAGUCUGGGACAUCAGAAUGAAUAAAUUGCUUCAACAUUACACAGUCCACACAGCCCCAGUGAACAGCCUAUCCUUCCAUGCCAGUGGUAACUACCUUAUAACAGCCUCAGAUGAUUCCACGUUGAAAAUACUGGAUUUAUUAGAGGGACGAUUGUUUUACACGCUACACGGACAUCAGGGUCCAUCAACAGCUGUUGCGUUCUCCCGGUCCGGCGACUACUUCGCAUCGGGAGGUUCAGACGAGCAAGUUUUGGUGUGGAAGACAAACUUUGACCAAGUCGACUACAAUGAGGUAUUGCAGUCUCACCGCGCCAGGCAGGCAGGGGAGGAAAAGCCCACCGUCCAUGACAUUCCCCCGAGGUCACCACAUUAUAGGUCGCCCGCAAGGGGCUCACCUUGCCAGCUUGAUGCCCGAAGUGAGCUGAGAAGUAUGACAGACACUGACCCCGGUAUCACUGAUAUUGGUCCCGCUUUGUUCUCACACCCUCAGCCGACCAGUACCACUAAUGGAAGUAUGAGGGACCUAGGCGCCACAUCGGGUGACCGUGCUUCGCGAGCUUACCAGGAGAGGGAGGAUGAGUCAGUCCCGACCAAGCAGCCACUGGAAGCCAAAUCAGUCUCCCCGGAGUUGGCCAAUACGCUUGAACAUAUUGUUGGACAAUUAGAUAUCAUCACACAGACGGUGUCCAUCCUUGAGCAACGCCUCACCAUGACGGAGAACAAGCUGCGUGAAUGUCUUGACAACCAGCAGAAAAUCACACUGCAGAUUAGGCCGACCGAUUGAGAAUUUGAAAUUGCUAGAGACUAGUUUAAAAAACCAAUAUUCGUUGGUAUAUCGGACUUAAGAGUGUGUUCUUGAUUCAACGGGCUUGUGUGUGGUGUACGAAAAUCAAGGAUAUGGACCUAAAUGUGUUGAUAUUACUGGUCUGUAUCUUUAUAGCAAGAGAUAUGGUUGUGAGAGGAUUCAAAAGAUAUUUGUCAGUGCUGGGAUGCUUCAGUUUAAAAAAGCCCCUUGAAAAAAAAAAACUGGCCUAACAUUGAAACCCGUCAUAUCACAUGAUUCUUUUCCCUUCUGGAUUGUUAAGAGAACAUGUAGCUUGGAGCUAGAGAGAUUGCCCUGAAUAUACAUAGGCCUAAUGAAUUCAGAACUCUUGCUUCUAUGCCGUGCUUGGGGGAUGAGUCCGACAAGAGAGCCACCUUUUAGUUCGAAUUGUUGUAAUGUGUUCAUCAGUGUGUCAUAAUGACAUGAAGUGUUGAUGUCAGUCUGAUGUGUUCAUGCAUGAAGGGACGCUCAUGGAUAUUGUGUGUUAUUCAUGAAUGGUACCGGUAUUCAUAAAGGUAUUGUGUUCGUGUGUUCAUGGAUAUAUGUUUGCUGGUGUUCUUACAUAUGUAAGUCUGUGUUCAUAUGUUCAGGAAACACCUUGGCUGGUGUUUAUAGAAGUCUGUUUUAUUCUGUUUGUAUAAUGUCACUAUAAUUAUCAUGGGUGAUAUCAGUGCUGCUGGACAGUAUUAUGAAUGAGUAUGUAAGCAUUUAGCCAACCUUGAGCACCACUUGAUGGUAAUUUUGUCUCCGAGAUUAACCCUUUAACUGAACAAACCGUCAUGGUCAUGUUUCAGAGAUGAGCUUCAGAACUUCGUAUAACAUGUUUAGUAAACCUCCCAGCAUGUCCUAAGGCUUAUCUCAGUAUUUUUGCUUUUAGAGAAUAGAAUUUUAGUUUGCUGCAGUUAUUGGACCGUUGCAUUUAUAGUUGUGUAUGAUGAUGGUAGAAAUCAUGCUGGUUGUGAUGGGAAAUAUUGUUCAAUCUUAUUUUAUUUUUGUCUCGCUGUAGUGAUAGUGGUCAUGAAUGUGCGCUUUGGGUAGUACAGUAGAACCUCUCUCUUGAGGACACCCUUGUGACUCUGACAAAAGCUGCCUGUAAUAGAGAGGUGUCCCGACUAGAGAGGUCAAAAUGAAUGGAAACAACCAAUUUGAGACUAAAGCCAGUGUCCUUUAUAAAGAGGGUGUCCUUAAUAGAGGGGUGUCUGCUAAACGAGGUUCCACUGUAAUUAAUUUCGUAUUGGUAUGUUCUGGUAAUUCAGAUGUCGAGGAAAACAUUUCCUUUUUACCUUUGUAUAGUGUACAGGAAUAUUUUCCAAUAAAGAUUUUAAAUAUGAUUCCAUAUUA